AUGUCUGAACCCAUCAUUCCACCUGUUAUUCCAGAAGAAGAUGAUAGACUUCCAUAUGAAAAGAUAGAAAUUACAGAAGACCAUGUUACAAGAAUAAGAGAAUGGCUUAUACAAAAACGAGAUUAUAGAGGCAAAGCUGAAACUUUUAACACAAUCAUGGAUGAUUUUGGG